AUGCCUCCCUCCCCGACCGCAACGGUGACAUACAGGAAGAAAGAUGGCACUCUCACCAUCUCCGCCGAUCACAAAUACCUCUUCUUCACUCCCGCCGCGCCGCCAGCGGCCUCGCCCGCCGUGACGAUCCCCGUCGCCGACAUCACCAAUCUCCAACAGACGCCUGAGAAGAGUGCGAAGGUUGCGUUGAAGGUUCUCGUCAAGAACGAUGAUUAUACCUUCUACUUCACGAGCAAAGAUGCCGCGAGGAAAGAGCAGGAGACGGUGACGGAUACGUUGCGGAAUCAAAUCGCCGCCAACAAAGCGAGUAGUGCCGCUCAAUUCAUCCCUCCCACUCCUGAGGCGCGGCAGCAGCAAGAUGCCGGGGACACGGGCCAGUCGGCUGCCAUGGCUAUCGCCAAAGCCGUUUCGUCAAAGACUGCCGACGACGAGUGGUACGACGACAACAAGCUCAUCCACGACAUCCAGCUCCAACGCUCCCUCCUCGACGCAAAUAAGUCUCUGGCCGCCCGCUUCAACCAAGCGCUCAAAGAACGCCCCGAAAGCGUCUCCGUCUCGCAAUUCACAUCUCAAUUCUGGUCUGCACGGUUACAUCUCCUCCGCGCCCAUGCUAUCGAAAAGACGCAGCAGCAUGGACAAUACAAUGUAUUACCUGAAAUCCGCUUCACACGGAUCGCGGGCGAGAAGGAGGGCGAUCCGGAUAUCAAGCAGCUCAACAUUACCAAAGAACAGAUCAACCUGCUCUUCAAACAAUACCCCGUGGUGAAAGAGGCGUACAACGAAAAUGUCCCCCCGCUCGACUCCAAACAAUUCUGGACGCGAUUCUUCAGCAGUCGCCUGUUGAAGAAAUUGAAGGGCGAGAAGAUCACCUCCCACGACCCUCCGGAUUCCGUGCUGGACAAGUACGUCGAUCGGAGGGAGGGUGCUGCAGGCCCGGCUGGCAUCAGCCAUAUCCCGCAUUUCAUGGAUUUGGAGGGCAACGAGCAGAAUCACAGUCAGCGAAAGGGGAAUCGGCCGGAUCAAGAUAUGCGGCCGAGCUCAUACGACAAAGUGCCGAUUUUGCGCGUGCUCAAUAAUCUUUCGGAGAAGAUGUUGGCGCAGGUCGCGCCGGAGGAUGGCGAGGCGCAUCAGCCGGUCGGGAUGGAUGAGGAGACGUUUGAGCAGUUGCGGUUGAGGGAUUUGGCCAUGGAUGAUGGGGAUUAUCGUGUUCGGUUGAAUGUGAGGGAGCAGGCGAGGUUGGGAGGGAGUGGAGCGGAAGAGGAUCUGAGUGCUGAAGCCAAGAUGUAUGCUCGACUUGAUUCGGUGAAAGUACUGGAUGGGUUGAGGAUGGAUCUCGACCCAUCGCAUUUGGGCGGCGACGGGAAAGCAAACCUGAAACUCGAUCAAGCGAUCGGGUAUCACUCCGACGACGACUCGGACUCAGAAGAAGAAGACGACGAGACCUCACAACCCAACGGCCACCAUACAACGAAGAAACGCCCCCAAAUUGGCUCCCACCCCGCCCUCAAAGCAGCCACAACAUCCAUCCUCACCUCAAUCCACCACCGCCGCCUCGCCGCCUCCUCCGACCCCACUGCCCUCCUAGGCCUAAGCCAAACAACCUUCGACCAGCUCACCAUCACCCACAACACCACCACCGAAUUCCUGCACUACUUCUGGUCCCUCUUCCUCUCCGGGGACGCGACUCGCACUUCCGAGCUGGCGCAGCUCGUAGCUACGCUUGACCGCUGUUUGGAUCGCUUUGAGGCUGUGGCGGUCGCGGCGGAGGAGGAGAGGGGGAAGAAGGUGGAGGGGCUCAAGAGGCAGGUUGCGGAGUAUGAGCGGCGGACGGGGAAGCGGAGACGGCUGGAUUUGGAGGGGGUUGGUGGGGGGCAGGAGGUGGUGGAGAGGAUGGUGAAGCCUACUGUUGAGGCGCUGAGAUUGGCGGGUCGGGCGUAUAAGAAGGCUUUGGAGGAGCAGAUGGGGGAGGUUGGGCCUGUGGCUGCGGUGGGGUGA